AUGGAGGCCAGAAACCCAGAACAAUGUAUGCAAUGGAGCAAAUUCCCAAUGGCCGGGCGUCCAACGGGGAACUCGAGGAUUCCGUCGCGGUCGCUCUGGCAGUGUUUCUUAUCGCGUUGGCCCGAGCGUCUUGAUAACCGGCCCGCCGCAAAAGAUUUCUCCGUCCAAUUUUCUCUCCAUUCAAAAAAGCAUACCCCGACCCUCAGACACGCCAAAAUGGUCAAAGGGAAAGGCAAGCGUUCUUCGAGCGCAAAUGAGGGCCUCGCCGAUAAAGAGGUCCCAGUUUCUCAGCCUCAGGCUGCAUCGGUACUGCCGCAGCUGGACGAGAGUGCCUUUGCGGGCCUGCGACAGAAAAUCGAGCAACGAUUGAAGACCGACAGCUCGGGCAAGGGAAAAUCGAAGAAGAACAACAAACCGAAUGCUUCCAUCGAGACUACUCCCGCAAAGAAAGAGAAGAACGCCGGCUCCAAAUUUGACAAGAAGCAAGAAUCCGGCCUGGGCAAGAAGCGGGAUCGCAAUGGCGAUGUGAUUGCCCGAGACGAGAAGAUAGGCGGAAAGGAGAAACAGAACAAGUUUGCAGGCUCCAAAAAUAGCAGCAACGAUGAUAAAUUACGCGAAGAGAUUAUGGCUUUGGGCGGCACUGAGGAGGACCUGGAUCUCCUAGCUGGUGUUGACUCGGAGUCGGAGGUCGAGGGUACCACCUCCAAGGGCGACGAUGAUCUACGGAAAGAGCUCUCGAAGAUGUUGGAAGCGGCCGGGCACGUUGUGCCAGAGGAUCUAAAGGAGGAUGAAGUUGAAGAAGAAGAAGAGGAGGAGGAAGACGACCAAGAGCAAGGCUCCGAGGGCGACAGCGAGGACGCCAGUGAGCCGGAGGAGGAUGUCUCUGAUGUUUCUGAUGUCGAGGAGGCACCCCCAGCACCAAAAAAGUCCGAUGCGAAGGCAAAUGAGCCAAAAGUCACUAUCCCCAAAGAAUAUGCCAAGUUGAUUGUCCUUCCUCGUUCUGAUUGGUACGCCAUUCCUCUCCCCUCGGUAGCCACUGCGAAGCAAAUGAACGCCUUGCCUCGGCACUUGAUCGAUCGCGUCCAUGAACUCGCCAAGUCCCUGCUGCAGGAGGAGAACGACAAGUAUGCUGAGGCCCAGCAAGCCUCGGCGUCUUCCUCUCAUAAGUUCUACACGACUAUCAUGUCCUCUGGUACCCUCAGUGAUAAGAUUUCCGCCCUGACCCUUGCAGUACAAGAGUCGCCGCUGCACAACACCAAGUCGCUCGAGACUCUCAUCAAUCUUGGAGGAAAGCGGAGCCGCGCACAGGCUGUUGAGGUUUUGCGAUCUUUGAAGGAUAUGUUUGCGCAAGGUACACUUCUUCCCAGUGACCGGCGGCUCAAGUCCUUUGCCAACCAACCUGGACUUGUCGCUGCAUUCCAGGGUGCUGGUGGGCGCUGGUCUGACCGGGACCCGCUUCCUGGUGGCUUGCAGAAGAGUCAUUUGAUUUUCUGGGCUUUUGAAGACCUUGUCAAGGACAAGUUCUUCGAGGUUCUCAAGAUUCUGGAAGUCUGGUGCAACGACGAGAUCGAGUUCUCACGGUCUCGGGCCGUCAGCUACGUUUACGAACUCCUCAAGGAGAAGCCCGAGCAGGAAGCGAACUUGCUCCGUCUUCUUGUUAACAAGCUUGGCGACCCUGGCAAGAAAAUUGCUUCUCGUGCAUCCUAUCUUCUCCUGCAGAUUCAGCAGACCCACCCCCUGAUGAAGCCCUUGAUCAUCAAGGCUGUUGAAGAAUUGCUGUUCCGACCUGGCCAGAGCCAGCAUGCUAAGUACUAUGCCAUCAUCACUUUGAACCAGACAGUUCUGAGCACCAAGGAGGGCAAGGUUGCUGAGCAGCUUCUGGAUAUCUACUUCUCGCUCUUCGUCACUCUUCUCAAGCCCACUCAGCCCACUAAGCCCGGAAAGGGCAAAUUCCAUGGCAAGCAUGGCAAACACGGCAAGGGUAAAGGUCGGGACCAACCUGUCAAGGGACAGGCCCAGGACGAUGAGAUGCGCGAGAAGCUGACUUCGGGUGUCUUGACCGGUGUCAACCGCGCCUAUCCUUUCACCGAUAGCGAUUCUGAUAAGCUCUCCAAGCACCUCGACACUCUAUUCCGCAUCACCCACUCCUCAAACUUUAACACCAGCAUCCAGGCUCUGAUGUUGAUUCAGCAACUUACUGGAUCUCACCAGGUUGCUAGUGACCGCUUCUACCGCACGCUCUACGAAUCUCUCCUGGAUCCGCGUGUGGCCACGUCUUCGAAGCAGUCUCUUUACCUGAACCUGCUCUUCAAGGCCCUGAAGAAUGACCUGAACGUCCGCCGCGUCAAGGCAUUCGUCAAGCGUAUUGUUCAAGUCCUUGGAUUGCACGGCCCCUCGUUCAUCUGCGGCGUCUUCUACCUCAUUCGCGAGCUGGAGAAGACCUUUACCGGCCUUCAGUCCAUGUUUGAUCAGCCCGAGGACAACGAAAGCGACGGCGAAGAAGUCUUCCGCGAUGUUCCCGAUGAGGACGAUGAGCAGCCCGAACCGACCCCUGUCGUCCAGCCGUCCAAGGCCGCCAACGGCUACGACCCCCGGAAGCGCGACCCCGAGCACAGCAACGCCGACAAGACCUGUCUCUGGGAAUUGCUCCCCUAUACCACUCACUUCCACCCAUCCGUCUCUCUCAACGCUGCCCGCCUGUUGGAGCACGAGACGAUGAGCGGCAAGCCCGACCUGACCCUGCACACGCUCACGCACUUCUUGGAUCGGUUCGUGUACCGCGCGCCCAAGGCCGCGGCUGCGGCGCGUGGCGCCUCGAUCAUGCAGCCGCUCGCUGGCGGUGACGCGCAAGACCGCCUGGUGGAGGCGUACAAGAGCACGCAGCACCGCCAGCCGCUCAACUCGGAGGCCUUCUGGAAGAAGAAGGCAGACGAUGUCGCAGCGGAAGACGUCUUCUUCCACGAGUACUUCACACGUGUUAACAAGGAGAAGACGCGGGGCAAGAAGGGCAAGGGCGCUGACGCUGAUGAGGAGGGUGCCGAGCUCAGCGAGAACGAGGACGAGAUCUGGAAGGCUCUCGUGGACUCGCGGCCGGAGCUGGAGGCGGACGACGACAGCGACGACGACCUGGACAUGGAUGAUAUGGAGUCUGCAUUUGAUGAUGACGAUGAAGACGAAGUCGAGGGCGAGGGCGAGGGCAGCGACGACGAGGUCAUUUUCAACGACGAGUCGGACGGCCCGUCGGACGAGGAGAUGGCCGAGGAGGACGACUUCGGCUUCGACGAGGAGGAGGAGGAGGUGCCUGCGCCUCAGCCUGCCACCACGUCGAAGAAGGCCACCAAGAAGGCCGCCAAGGUGGACGAGGAGGACGAGGAUGCGUUCGACAUGGAUGUCUCGGACGACGAGGCGUUCGUUGACAGCGACGAGGACCUCCCGUCGGACAUGGAGCUGGGCGGCGUGGAACUUGCGGCCCUGGCGCCAACAGCCGAAGCGACGCCGGCGGAGCGCAAGAAGCGCCGCAAGCUCAAGCACCUGCCAACCUUCGCCUCCGCGGACGACUACGCGGCGCUGUUGGCGGACGAGGACGAGGGCAUGUAG